CUAAUUCGCGCCCGCCUCAUCUGUAUAUAUACACCCACAAAUCUCCACACUCUCCAAACACAUCCCUCUCUCACUCUCAUUUCUCUCUUGCCUCUUUCUCCCAGAUCCACUCUUUCUUUCCAUCCCUGCAGGCUAGAAAUGGAAACCUUCUUGUUCACCUCAGAGUCUGUGAAUGAAGGUCACCCUGACAAGCUCUGUGACCAAGUCUCAGAUGCCAUUCUUGAUGCUUGCCUGGAACAAGAUCCAGACAGCAAAGUUGCCUGUGAAACCUGCUCGAAGACGAACAUGGUGAUGGUGUUUGGAGAGAUCACGACCAAGGCCAAAGUAGACUAUGAGAAGAUAGUCCGCGAUACUUGCAGAGGCAUUGGGUUUAUCUCACCUGAUGUUGGGCUUGAUGCUGACAACUGCAAGGUCCUGGUGAACAUUGAGCAACAGAGCCCUGAUAUUGCCCAGGGUGUUCAUGGCCAUUUCACCAAGAAACCCGAAGAGAUUGGAGCUGGAGACCAAGGCCACAUGUUUGGUUAUGCCACCGACGAAACCCCUGAGCUCAUGCCUCUUACUCAUGUCCUCGCUACCAAGCUUGGUGCUAAACUUACAGAAGUAAGAAAGAACAAGACUUGCCCUUGGCUCAGACCUGAUGGCAAGACUCAGGUUACUGUUGAGUACAGGAAUGACAAUGGGGCUAUGGUCCCUAUUAGAGUUCACACUGUUCUCAUCUCAACCCAACAUGAUGAGACUGUUACAAACGAGCAAAUCGCCAAAGAUUUGAAGGAACAUGUAAUCAAGCCUGUGAUCCCAUCUCAGUACCUUGAUGACAAUACCAUCUUCCACCUUAACCCAUCAGGCCGUUUUGUCAUUGGUGGUCCACAUGGAGAUGCUGGACUAACCGGGCGAAAGAUCAUCAUUGACACCUAUGGUGGAUGGGGUGCUCAUGGUGGAGGUGCCUUCUCAGGGAAGGAUCCUACCAAGGUGGACAGAAGUGGUGCUUACAUUGUCAGGCAAGCAGCAAAGAGUGUCGUUGCCUCAGGACUUGCUCGCAGAUGUAUUGUGCAGGUUUCAUAUGCUAUUGGUGUGGCUGAGCCACUUUCAGUGUUUGUUGACACCUACAAGACUGGGAAGAUCCCAGACAAAGACAUUCUGGCUCUUAUCAAGGAGAACUUCGACUUCAGGCCCGGAAUGAUCACAAUCAACCUCGACUUGAAGAGAGGAGGAAAGUUCAGAUACCAGAAGACUGCUGCCUAUGGUCACUUUGGGCGCGAUGAUGCUGAUUUCACCUGGGAGACUGUCAAGAUCCUCAAGCCCAAAGCUUGAGUUAGCCCCCAUUCACCAUUCAAUUUUUCUGCACAUUGAUUUACUGCACCUAUUGUCCUGGUUGCAGAGGAAUAAAGAAACUCCAUUGAGUGGAUGUGCUCGCCUUGUUAAGGAUUUUGAGCCUUCCUAGAUGUCUAUCCAUUUUAUUUUUUUCUUUUUGUUGAGUUUCUUUGUAUCCUAUAUGUCUUUGCUUUGAUGCAGUUAUCAAUUGAAAUUAUACUUUUCAGUUC